GAACCAGAAGGACAGAAACCCUAUCUCCUCAGACCGAACCCCUUCUCUCCCAAGGUCCAAUUGGCCUCUCGGGUUCGUUCCAAGCCCAAUCUCCAUCUCCCUCCCGCCCUCUCUCUCCUCUGCAAAACCCUAGAUCGCUCUCCGGCGACCUCGAAGCUCGGUUUCCGAGCUUCCGCCUUUCUCCGUGGAUCGGUUUUCGCUGUAAAAAUCCUUCUCUUAGCUGGUGAAUCUCUAACCGUAACCUCUUCUCAUCUUUUUCUUUUGCUGUUAGGCCUGGUUGCUGCAUGAAACUGCUGGUUCUUUCUGCUGCUGAUAAUAAUUGGAUCUGGUUGAUUUUGUUUCGUUCCCUUCGUUUAGCUUUCGGUCAAAGAGUUGAUUUUGCAUUCAAAAGCUUUGAAAUUUCGUUUCGAUCCAUGGAGCGCUUCUGAUCUGGGCUAAUCAGUGAGCUAAAUCGACUCCAGAUCCUCUUUCCUUUUUCCGGUUUUCACCUUCUGCCGGUGUGAGCUCAUUGAUAUCCCAAUCUCGAGCCUGUUUUUGUGGACUCUGUUGGAAGUCUGUGUUCUGGAUUGUCUGUUCUGUUGGGUUCCUUUGGUCAUCUAAUUCUGAUGUAAUUUUCGUAUUUUUACUGAGCUGGGCCGGCUUGAGUGAAUUGUGGGCCCAAGUCUGUUUCGUUUCAUAGUCACUGGCCGAUUUAGCAAGGCAGCGGGCUUAAGGUGCAUGUGUUGAUGUGCUGACUGUAGGCGAUGUAUUGAGAACACAAGAAACGCUGUGCAAGGACCUUUGUAUGGAACAUGCAGUUCAACCUCAUGGGCACUCCGUUGGGCCUUGCUGUUUAAUCUUAUGUCAUAUGUGGCGUAACAAGAUUGCAACAUAUCAAAUAGUUCGGAUGGAACUCAAGUUUUGCUGUAAGGAGGAGAUAUAAUCUCAAACGGAAUGGCUACUGUUCAAGAGGAUAGACAGCUUACCCCUGAUAUGAAGAAUGAACCAAACAGUGUAGAUGCUCAUCCUAACAAUGAUCGACCCACUUCUGAAUCACUGCCUGAUGCUAAGUUGGAAAAGUCUGGAUCUCAGCCUGACAAUGACGUGUCCAAUUCUGAAAAACAGCCUAGCAAGGUGCUCAACACGUCUGAAAACCAAGCUACUAGUGAGGAAGCGAAUGAGGAGGCAUCAACCAAGCAGGAGCUGGCCCACUCUGGAGAAUCUCCAAGCAAUCAGUCAGCAAAUUCCGAAUCACUUUCUGGCAACCAUCCAGGCAAUUCUGAGGCCCAACCCAGCAAUGAGCGGGCACAUUCUGAGGCAUUGGCAACCAGUCAGUUGGUCACCCCUGAAGCACCUCCCAGCUAUCAGCAGGUCCAUUCUGAGGCACCACUAAGCAAUGGACUGGCUAAUUCUGAAGCUCAGCCCAGCAAUGAGGCGGGAAUCUCUGAAACACAAACCGUCAAUGAGGUUGUAAUGUCUGAAAAUGAGACUGUUAUGUCUGAAACUCAGCCCAGCAAUGAGAUGACUAUCCCCGAAACGCAGCCUGCCAAUGAGAUGGCUAUGUCUGAAGUUCAGCCUGGAAAUGAGGCGGUUAUACCUGAGACACAGGCUGUAAAUGAGGCAGUCAUGCCCGAGACACAACCUGGCAACAAGGCAGUCAUGCCUGAGACGCAACCUGAGAACGAUGCAGUCAUGCCCGAGGCGCAAACUGGCAACGAGGCAGUCAUGCCCGAGAUGCAACCUGGCAACGAGGCAGUCAUGCCCGACAUGCAACCUGGCAAUGAGGGUGUCACACCUGAGACUCAGAAUAGCAAUGAGGCAGUUAUGCCUGAGACACAGUCUGGCAAUGAGGCAGUCAUUCCUGAGACACAGCCAAGCAAUGAGGUUGAGCAAGGAUAUAGUUUGGCGCAGUCCAACAAUGAGGUGGUUAUUUCCAACACGCAGCACAGUGAUGAGGUGGUUAUGUCCGACACACAACCCAGCAAUGAGGCGGGAAUGUGUGAAACACAGACCAGUGGUGAUGUCAUCAUGUCCGAAGCCAAUUCCAUACAACAUCCCGACAAUCAGUUUCCCCAUCCUGAAACUCUUCCUACUAACCAAUUCCCUGAUUUCCAUAUGAUUCAUGAAAAUCAGAUGCCUCUUCCUGAAUCACUCCCUAAUUCUGAACCUGAACCACCACAAAACAGUCAUCCCACUGAAACCAAAUCAGUACAUGACAAUAAUAUGGUCCAUUUUGAAACAUUGCCCAGUGAUCAUUUGGCCCAUUCUGAGUCAAUGACUAAUCAUCAGCUGGCAAACCCUGAAAUGAUGUCGCAUGAUCAACUUGCCACUUCCCAAAUGUUGUCUCACUAUGAGCUGUCAAACAAUGAGACUGUGAACAAUAAUCAGCUAGCCAUUUCUGAAUCACAGUAUGAGCUAGUCAAUUCUGAAACCCCACCUAGCUACGAGAUAAUAGAUGCUUCAACACAACCAAACAGUGAAGAACAUACCCCAGAGACACAACCAAACAAACGGAGGAAAAAGAAAUCCAUAGUAUGGGAACACUUCACCAUAGAAACUGUCAGUGCUGGAUGUAGAAGGGCAUGCUGCAAGCAAUGCAAACAGAGUUUUGCCUAUAGUACAGGUUCAAAAGUUGCUGGUACAAGCCACCUCAAACGCCACAUUGCCAAGGGGACCUGUCCUGCACUUCUCCGUAACCAGCAGCAGAAUCAGCUAACCCCAUAUACUCCACGGGGAAGGGGAAGUGGGGGUGGCAAUGCUAGUGACACACCAAAAAGACGUUAUAGGUCCCCAAGUACACCUUACAUGAUUUUUGACCAAGAUCGUUGCCGCCAUGAGAUUGCUAAAAUGAUCAUUAUGCAUGAUUAUCCCCUUCACAUGGUUGAGCAUCCGGGAUUUGUUGCAUUUGUUCAAAAUCUGCAGCCCCAGUUCAACAUGGUGACCUUUAACACAAUCCAAGGGGAUUGUGUUGCAACAUACCUGUCAGAAAAGCAAAACCUUAUGAAGUAUUUUGAGGGAUUGCCAGGACGUUUUUGUCUGACAUUGGACAUGUGGACAUCAAGUCAGUCCGUUGGUUAUGUUUUUAUAACUGGACAUUUUGUUGAUAGUGAUUGGAAGUUGCAGAGGCGAAUUCUCAAUGUUGUGAUGGAACCCUACCCUGAUUCUGACUCUGCACUCAACCAUGCUGUUUCUGUUUGUCUUUCUGAUUGGAGUUUGGAUGGAAGACUCUUUUCUAUCACUUCUAAUCAGGCGUUGAAUGGUGUUGCUCCUGAAAAUCUCAGACCUUUACUCUCGGUAAAAAAUCCGCUUAUCCUCAGUGGUCAGUUGGUGCUUGGCAACUGCAUUGCCCGUACUUUAAGCAGUGUCGCAAAUGAUUUAUUGGAAUCAUCACAUGACUUAGUCAAGAAAAUUCGAAAUAGUGUAAAAUAUGUGAAAACAUCAGAAUCACAUGAGGAAAAGUUCCUAGAGCUCAAGCAGCAACUUCAGGUUCCAAGUGACAGGAGUCUUUUUAUUGAUGACCAAACUCAAUGGAGUACAACAUAUCAAAUGCUGGUAGCAGCUUCUGAAUUGAAGGAAGUAUUUUGUUGUUUGGAUACUUCUGAUCCUGAUUACAAGGGAGCGCCAACAAUGCAAGAUUGGAAGCUGGUUGAGACCCUCUGCACAUACUUGAAACCUAUUUUUGACGCUGCGAAUAUUCUUACCACAACGACUUAUCCCACUGCUAUCACCUAUUUUCAUGAAGUUUGGAAAUUGCAGUUGGAUCUGGCUCGUGCGGUUAUGAGUGAGGAUCCCUUUGUUAGCAACCUCACUAAAAUCAUGCAAGAAAAAAUUGGUAAGUACUGGAGAGACUGUAGUCUGGUGUUGGCAAUUGCAGUGGUCAUGGAUCCUCGUUUCAAGAUGAAGCUUGUUGAGUUUAGCUUCUCAAAAAUAUAUGGUGAGGAUGCCCAUGCAUAUAUCAAGAUCGUUGAUGAUGGGGUCCAUGAGCUGUUUCAUGAGUAUGUGGCCCUUCCCCUCCCUCUAACCCCAGCGUAUGCUGAAGAAGGAAGUGGUGGAAGCCAUAUGAAGACAGAAGAAUCCCCAGGAGGAAUAUUGUCAGAUGGCGGCCUUACAGAUUUUGAUGUCUAUAUCAUGGAAACUAGUAACCACCAAAUGAAGUCUGAGCUAGAUCAGUAUCUGGAAGAAUCACUGCUACCCCGUGUUCCAGACUUCGAUGUUUUAGGUUGGUGGAAGCUAAACAGAGUCAAGUAUCCAACUCUUUCCAAGAUGGCUCGGGAUAUUUUGUGUGUCCCAGUGUCAACUGUCCCUGCCGACUCUGUGUUUGAUACGAAAAGCAAAGAAAUGGAUCAGUACCGGAGCUCCUUGCGCCCAGAGACAGUGGAAGCGCUUGUUUGUGCCAAGGACUGGAUGCAGCAUGGGUCAGCAGAGAGUUCCAAUGCGGCCGUGAAAAUGGGAUUUUAGAUUGUAGGUAUAUGUGUCCUGUAUUGAGGGUAGAUCUUUGUGGGUAUUCUAUUUCUAGUUGUAGUUUUCUGUAUUAGGCUGUAUUUUGUACCAGUUAAAUAACUGUUAUUUUGUACGAGUGGAUGGGAAUAUUUAGCAUCUGGUGUAGUUUUAGAUGCUAAGGUUAAGCCCUGGCUGAUAACUCCUACGAUUUGUUGGAAGGUGAUGUUAAUUAUGAAAUUACUCCUUUUUUGUCCUACUGGGAAUAUUAA